CACAACAGUUUCAUUGAAACUAGACGGCACACAGAGACCUUGCCUGUGGCUUUGCUCUGCGGGAGCAGCAGAAUGUCUCGCCGCAGUAGUGUGGCUGACCAGAGCCGGUCCGGCACAAUGGGGAAGUCUCAGAGAAGUGAUUCAUAUGGCAGGUACAGCAGCCCAAGACCCAGCAGCCGGGAUGUUCAGCGGAAUGUCCUGUGUGACUUCUGCCUGACCAAGAAAAUGAAGGCUGUGAAGUCCUGUCUAACAUGCCUGACCUCGUUCUGUGAGACCCACCUGCAGGCCCACUACGAAUACCCGGCACUGAUGAAGCAUAAGCUGGUCACAGCAACGGGGCAGCUGAGGGAGAAGAUCUGCGCUGAACAUGACAAACUGCUGGAGGUCUUCUGCCGCUCCGACCAGACCUGUGUUUGUGUUCUGUGUAUCAUGGAAGAACACAAGAAACACAACAUUGUCUCUGCUGCAGCUGAGAGGACAGAGAAGCAGAAACAGCUCGGGGCUAAGCUGAUGGCCUCUCAGCAGAUGAUUGAUGAGAGAGUGAAGAAGUGGCAGGAUCUGAGGCAGGCGGCAGAGUCUCUAAAGCACUCAUCCCAGAAUGUGCUGGAGGAGAAUGAGAGGAUCUUCACUGAACUGAUGCGAGCACUGGAGAGGAGAUACAUAGACGUGAAGGAGAUGAUUAGAGCUCAGGAGGCAGCUCUGAUGACCCAGUCAGUGAGACACCUGGACCGAAUGGAGGAGGAGAUCACUCUUCUGAGGAUGAAGCACAACGAUCUGGAGAAGCUGUCACACUCUGAUGAUCAUAUCCAUUUCCUGCAGAGCUGGCAGUCUCUUUCUGCACCCUCCGGAUAUGAAGACUUGUCCAAAGUGACACUGGCCCAGCAGCACUCUUUUGAAAAAGCAAAGAAAGCCAUCUCAGAGCUUAAAGUGCAGUUAGAGGAUGUAAGUAAGGAUGAACUGAGCAAGAUCUCAUCUGCAGUAAGGGACGUUCAAAUUCUGCAUGCUCUGGAGCCAAAAACAAGAGAAGACUUUUUACAGUAUUCCAGCCACCUUUCUCUGGAUCCUUUAACAGUUCACCCUAACCUGCACCUCGCUGAGGGGAACACAGUGGUGCGCAUGAGCAAUGACCCCAAGAAUUAUCCUGACCACCCUGAGCGGUUUGACCACUGGCAGCAGGUGUUGUGCCAGGAGAGCUUGUCUGGCAACCGAUACUACUGGGAGGUGAACUGGAGCGGUACAGAGAUUGACAUUGCUGUGACUUACAAGGCAGUUAGCAGGAAAGGCAACGACAACAUCUGCAGCUUCGGAUGGAACGAUAUAUCUUGGAGCCUGUACUGCUCUGAGUCCAAGUACUCCUUCAUGCACAACAACAAAAGCACCACUCUACCAGUGCCCACUUCAUCCAGAAUAGCAGUGUAUAUAGACCACAAGGCUGGAACACUGGCCUUUUACAGCGUGUCAGACAAAAUGACUCUUCUCCACAGGGUGAACACCUCAUUCACUCAGCCACUCUACGCAGGGUUUGGAGUCUGGGGUUUUGGAACUACUGUAAAGAUAUUAUAAAAGAAUCACAUACAUUCUUAACAGUAAUGGUUCCUAUAUGGCUUUUUGACUUUUUUUUUUUUACUUUAGGUUUUAGAAAAAAAAAUGUAUAAUGGUGUAGAGCCAUUACAUCAUUGAGAUUAUUUAUACUUUAAAAAGGCUCUUCACACUCCUACAUCUCAUUUCCAUUAACAGUUCUUUAAAGAACUGUCCAUUUACAGGUUAAUUCAGAACUUUCAUGGAAUCAUUCCAUAAAAAUCCUCUUGGUAUGCCUAUUUUUAAGAGUGUACGGUGUCUUUUUUUGGACCUUUCACAAAUGGACAUACAGUUGUAUGCAAAGGUUUGGGCGCCCCUGGUUAAAUUACAUGCUCUAAGUAAAACAGGUCCACAUCCUCUACUGGUAAUACACUUCUGCACAUGGUAAUGCACAAAUACUGUUUAUUUGCUGAAUUUAACAUAUUAGACAAACAACAAAACAUACAUUUUGCACAGGCCAAAUUUUUCAUUUAUUUCUGGUAUGUUAAACUCAGCAAAUCAAUUUGACAUUGUGCAUAGAAUUGUGCAAAAGUGGCAUAUUUCAGUUUUUUUGUGUGUAGUUUUUUUAUUUCAAAAAUCAACAAAAUGUGCAAUUUGACAGGGGGUGUUCAAACUCUGCAUAUGACAGUCCUUAUUUUUUUAUUUUUUCAAUUCUGUUGACGAAACUAAUUGACAAAGUAAAAGGGAGAAAUGACUAAAUGGUUGCAGGCGAUUGGUGCUACUACUGCACCAAUCCACUAGGUGGAGCAAUUCCAUCUUUUUGUUACUAAACAGUAAACAAAUAAAUAAAUAAAUAAAUAACUGACUGGC